GAACAGUCAAAACGGUGGUCUGUUAUUGAGUGGGUGUGAGUCAGAACUUUGCAUUCAUCUCCAUUGGGCGGAAGAAGAAGACAUUCACAGCUGGAAAAAUGACUUCAGCGGCUCUAUCCUUCGGCUUUCUUCUAUUUGUCUUCCUGACCGAAGCGUGCAUAGCAUUGCCAAGCUGUAAGGCUGAAAAAGCUAUUAAUCACAUGAGGAAAAUUAAGGAUGUCGACUCCUACAUCUAUAACGAUACGCAUUUGUUAAACAUAAAUAACAAAGGCAUCAAGACCCUCAACAAAGACGUUUUUGCUUACUACGCAAAUAUAAACCGAAAUCAAAUCGAGUUUAUUUAUCUCAUGUACAACAAUAUCAAUGAUUUCGAGUCAGGAGCAUUUGAAGAUUUCACAAACGUUCGUAAUAUAAAUUUUGGUGUCAAUUUACUGGAAACAAUCAAGCGAAACUUCUUUCGUGGCACAAAGAAAAUUGAUUUCUUAAAUUUUCAAUCCAAUCUGAUUCACUCAAUCGAAGCAGGGUCGUUUGAUGAGCUGACUCAGUUGGAAUAUGUCUAUCUAGAUGACAAUUGUCUAACUCACAUUCCAGAUCAUUUGUUUCAUCACACGGUCCGCAUACGAAAUAUAUUUCUUCAACAGAAUCGUUUGAUUCACGUGUCUAGUACGUUUAUGCGCCCAUCACAAAAGCUUUUUGGAUUGAACAUUGCUGAGAAUCGCUUAUCCGACAUUUCAAAUUUGUUUCGUUUCAAAGGUCUGAUGAGUUUGAUUGCGUCCAACAACAAAUUGAAUCCAAUCAACAGUGAUGGGAUAAGUGAAAGUGAAAUGAUAUCGUUGAACAUUAACAACACGACGAUUUCGGAAAUUGAUUUUGUACAAAAUUUCGGCAAAUUACGUGAGCUUUACGCAGCAAACAAUCAGAUAAGAUCAUUUGACGUUGAGACAUUUACCAGAAACAGUGAAUUAGCGUAUGUUUCAUUGCAAUCAAAUCCACUUGAAGAAGUUAGUAUUGAAAGAGUCAAAGAAUUCUUUCCAAAUCUUUCAGUUCUUGACAUCUCAAAUAGUCCAAUGGAAAGCAAUUGUCAUAAAAUCAUUGACUUAUAUAAAGAUGCCAAAGAGAACUCCAUAAAUCUCAACAUAAACACAAAUCAUUUAACUAACUGCUUAGAGAAUUUUUAAAAUAAAAUUAAUGUAGCUUUCUUUUU